GUUUGUUUGUUGAUGAUGAAUUGACCCGCAUUUUUUAGUUUCCUCUGAUUUAUUUACUAAAAUUAGAUUAAAAAGCCCUUCUCACUAUGGCAUCAUCAAGUAAAUUACCUGGCACGGGGUUAGAAGAUGUUGGAGUGCCCGGACAAACGUUUCUCCGAGAUGCCCUCACCAGCUGCACUGAUCCGCUUAAGGCAAUAGAAGAAUUUCAACUUGAAAACGGUAUCUUACUUCCAUCUUUAAGACCUAUGCUGCCUCUGCUUGAUCUCCACGGCGUCCGUCGCCUGGACUUUCAUACAUCCGUGUUAGAAGAAUUAAGAGAUAAGCUCAUAUCACACAUAAAUUUGAUGUGCCCAAAACCAAAAAAGGAACAUAACGAAUCGGCCUCAAAAGAGAAAAAGGAGCCCGUAAUUGAAAUAUCACCAAAAGAGAAAAAAGAAAAUGAAAGAAAACUUAAAGAGUUGCUAUCAAAGAGUUUUUCUGUGGUCAAAGUUAAGGCUCUCAGGCCAGUCAUUAUGAGUAUUCUAAAAAACACUCCUCAUAUUGACGAUAAAUAUUUAAAAGUACUGGUUCGUGACAGAGACUUGUAUAAUGAUACAGAAACAGAAGUUAAGAGGCAAAUUUGGCAGGAUAACCAGUCUUUAUUUGGUGAUGAAGUGUCCCCAUUAUUGAGUCAAUACAUCAGGGAGAAAGAGAAUGUAUUAUUUGACCAUGAAAAUUUAACAAAUCUCUUUUUCUCUAAAUCACCAAAAGUCAGGCGUCAAGGAGGUGUUGUGCAAAAGUUGGCACAUAUGAUAGGCACUAGCAUAAAACUCUAUGACAUGGUUCUUCAAUUUCUCCGUACACUGUUCCUCAGAACUAGCAAUGUUCAUUAUUGUACAUUAAGAGCUGAGCUCCUCAUGGCACUACAUGAUUCUGAAGUGCAGGAAAUUAUAUCAGUUGAUCCUUGUCACAAAUUCACAUGGUGUUUAGAUGCAUGCAUAAGAGAAAGAAAUGUUGACAUUAAAAGAUCUAGAGAACUUCAAGGGUUCUUGGAUAAUAUAGAAAAAGGCAAAGAGCAAGUUAUUGGCGACCUCUCUAUGACAUUGUGCGAUCCUUAUGCGGUUAACUUUUUGGCAGUGUCGGCUAUAAAAAUACUGCAACAUUUAAUAAACACUGAAGGGCUUCCACGCGAUAAUCCAAUUUUGAUUUUAUUAUUAAGAAUGUUAGCAUUAGGAUUGAGUGCAUGGCAUAUUAUUGACACUCAGACAUUCAAGGAGCCAAAGCUUGAUAGCCAAGUGGUUACAAAGUAUUUGCCAGCAUUAAUGUCAUUAAUGGUGGAUGACCAAGUCCGAGCAUUGCAUAAUAAACUGCCACCGGAUGAACGAGAGUCUGCUAUCACAACUAUAGAACAUUCUGGUCCACCACCAGAUGCUUGUGAAGCUUACAUGAGGGAGAGCCCUGUAUGUGGUGUUCUUGCAAUGUAUUACACACUUCAUUCAGCCAAACUUCGAGAUAGGGGUGCUAUAUUAAGAAUCUUGAGUAUUCUAGGCAGUUGUAAAGACGGCAGAGCCUAUGAGGAUCCGUUUUUGCAUGCACUCGUAGGUCUGUUGAUACAAUUGCCAGAUGAAUUCCAAGGGGAAGAUUUUAGUACUGUUUUAUUUGAUGAGUUCUUCUUUGCUGGGCUUGAAAAGGACAAUGUAACAAGACAUUUAUUAAAACUUUUGUGGUAUAUUCAUCCAAAGUUGCCUGACACAAGAAUACAAACAUUGAUGAAGGCCCUGCAGCCUGGAACACAACACACUGAAUCUGUGCAUAAAUUGUACGAAGCUCUGCAACAAAAAUUGCAUACACAAGUGGAGCCAGCUCCUGCUGCCAGCGAGAUGGAGUAUUUAGACUCCCCUUUGAUGAGUGUCCCUACUCCUGCACCUUACCAUAUUGCUUAAUUUUAAGUCAAACAUAACUGUAUUUAUGGACUAUUAAAUUUUAUCAAAGAGUU